CAAUGGCGGUCCAAGUCGAGCCAGCUGCUAUCCAGGUCCCUGCUUCGGGAGGCAACGUCUCGCUUCAGCUGAUGAACGGCAACCCUGAGGUCCGCUUCGCCUUCAAGCUCAAGUCCAGCAAUAACGAGCACUACCGAGUCAACCCCGUCUUCGGAUUCGUGGAGCCCGGCGCCGCUGCCCAAGUCGAAGUGAUCCGCCAGAACGGCCCUCCAAAAGGUGAUGACAAGCUCGAGAUCUGCUUCGCUGGGGCUCCUCCAGAUGCUGGGGACGCCAAGGCCAUCUUCCCUCCUGGAUCUUCUGGCGAGUUCAAGGUCGACGUUCCUAUGGCUGCUGCAUGA